AUAUUUUUGUCUUAUAUUUCUUAUAGUCUCAAUUUGUCCAUUUUCUCUAAAAAAGCUUUCGGCGAGGGAUCCAUUGGUAAAUUCUUAUAUGUUAACUUCAUGAUGAAUGAAUUCUCCUACCUGAACAUCACCAGUACUGGACGGAAACUUAUUCAAGACGAAGGCGAAUGUGCCUUCGCCUGUCUAAACAUCCCCUCAUGUUUCUCCUACAACAUGGCUACCUUCCCUGACGUCAACGGAAAACUUCUCUGCGAAUUACUGCCAUCGGACAAGUAUAACAACUCAGAAAAAUUCAUCACCAGCAAGGAAUUUCAUCACUUUCAUAUUCCGGUGAGUGAAACUCCGUUUAUCUUACGCUAA